AUGCAUCACAACAGCGACAUGGUCAUCCAUGUACUUGUCGAUAUUGCCCAAAAAGAUACUGGAUAUGAUGGCGAUACCACCGAAUGCGAUACUGGUCAAAUACACAUACUUGUAACUCUCGGCGUAGGCGAUUUGGCCAGCAAGCACAACCAUUUCGUACGCGGUCUCGUUGCCGGCGAUACCGGGAAUUUCCUUGAUGCCUUCGAGCAGACUGGCGCCCGUGAGCUGGAUGACCUCGGUGAUGUAGGUCUCGUUGGUGAUGCCCAACUCCAACGCCAUGGUGCCGCCGAUGUACUUGACGGCGUUGGGGACGAACUUGUUGAUAAAGACGUUGUAGUAAACCGUGUAACCGAUGCACCCGCCGAUCACGCGGAUCGAGAGAGUCAGGGCCGCCACCGUCGCGAUGAUGUCGUCGGGACAGAUGAUGGUCGUCAUGAUACUCGCGGGGACCACGAUGCCGCCGAUGCCCAAGCCGCCCAGGACCAAGAGACCCCAGAGGGUGUUGAGGUUGAACCGGGUGCCGCAUGCCAACGCGCCGCAUCCCGCGGUCAUGAGAACGGACGAGAAGAUCAUGAGUUCGCGGUUGUGGCCCCGGAACACGGACAACAGCCACAAGACGAUGCAGGCGCCCGCGAGGAUGCUGAAACCGAUGGGGAUACCACGGAUGCCGACACCGACGGGGUCGUGGCCGUAGACGUUGAACGCCUGCGUCGGCCAGAACAUGAUGACGCUGAAGAAGUUGGCGCCUGA